AUGGCGGAAGGGGAGGCUUUGGGGACUGAGGGCCCGGCAUAUCCGGAUAUGGAGGAGGCAGUGGGCGAGGAGCUCUCCGCUCUUAGCGCGAUUUUCUGCGGUCCCCACGAAUGGGAGGUGCUGAGCAGCUCAGAGACAGAUGGCACUGUAUUUAGAAUUCACACAAAAGCUGAAGGACUUGUGCAUGAAGAUGUACCAGUAGAGUUGGUUUUCCAUUUACCAGUCCAUUACCCUUCGUGUCUACCGGGCAUCUCCGUUAACUCUGAACAUCUGACCAGGGCCCAGUGUGUGGCAGUGAAGAAGAAGUUACUUGAACAAGCAGAGACGCUUUUGUCAGAACCCAUGGUUCAUGAGCUGGUCCUUUGGCUUCAGCAGAACCUCAGGCAUGUCCUCAGCCAGCCAGAGACUGGCAGCAGCAGUGGGAAGUGUGCUUUUUCAGCAAGCACUGCUGUGGGUGAUGGACUGUGGGUUACUCUUCUGCAUUUAGACCACAUGAGAGCAAGGACUAAAUACGUCAGAACAGUGCAAAAGUGGGCUUCUGAUUUAAGACUGACAGGAAGACUGAUGUUCCUGGGUAAAAUAAUACUGAUCUUACUACAGGGAGACAGAAGCAAUAUCAAGGACUACCUGAUUCUUCAGAAAACCUCCAAAGUAGAUGUGGACUCAAGUGGAAAGAAAUGCAAAGAGAGAAUGAUUAGUGUACUAUUUGAAACAAAAGUACAGACGGAACACAAAAGGUUUCUGGCUUUUGAAGUCAAAGAGUAUUCGACGUUGGAUGAGCUACAAAGGGAAUUUGAAACUGCAGGACUUAAGAAGCUCUUCUCAGAACUCGUACUUGGGCUGCUAAAAUGAGACGAGGGACAGGAACCGAGUGGGAAACAGCAAGGCUAGGUUGUUGCUUUUGCAGUAUGUGUGGGGAGUGGCUGAUUGAGUCACAGAGAGCACUUUAAAGUUUCUCUGCAGCAAAAUCAUACUCGUUCCAAGAACAAAAGUCGGUUCUGUUUUAUGGACUAGUAAACAUGAAAAGACCCCAUAUAUUCUAAUGUUUGCCAGAAAGACUAAGUUUAAUAGAGGGAACAUUAUCUGGAAAUAAAAAGUGAUGGCGGUAAAUGAGCUGUUGUUUUUAUACAGACGAUUUGUUUGGGAGUAUGCAAUUUUCAGGCUAAUUUUCUUGUAAUUAAAUGAUUUCUUAAAGCAAUUUGUUUCCAUGUUCACUUUUUUCAUGUUUACGUUUUUGGCAUUUA